AUGUCCACCAUCAACAGGAAAGUCCCGGCCAAGCCGUCGCCGGCACAGCCUGCUCUGCCACAAGCGUCUAUUAGCAGCCCAAGUCAGCCGACCUCAAAAAAACGAAAGAUAGACACGAGCGAGCAGAAAUACUACGCUGUGCGAGCUGGAUACAAGCCUGGCGUUUAUACCAGUUGGGCCAUAUGCCAGCAACAGAUCUCCGGCUUCAAAGGGGCACAAUUCAAAUCAUUUCUCAACUACGAGGAUGCCUCAGCGUACGUAGCUGGCCGUGACCCUCCAUCGCAAGCAAAGGAGACACCCACUCGCUUCUACGGAGUCGCCAUCGGGAGGAAGCCUGGAGUAUACACGGAUUGGGCGAAGGCGCAAGAGGCAAUCAUCGGCUGGAAAGGCCCGAAAUACAAGAAGUUCGACACUCUCAGCGAGGCCGAAGCCUUUGUACGACAAUACUCCGUCAGCGUGUCAGCCUCUGAGAGCAUCGGAGCAGAAGUUGCCGACCCGCAGGAGCCUCCAGCCAAAAAGGCGAAAACGGACAUCAAGCAGCUCAUAUCACGAAGCAAAGUCUUAGUUGUUUACACUGACGGGAGCAGCUUAGGCAACGGCCGAAACGGAGCGAGCGCUGGCGUUGGUGUUUAUUUCGGCCCAUCCGAUCCUCGAAACAUCUCCGAGCGAUUAGAGGGUGAGGUCCAAACAAACCAACGGGCAGAACUUACUGCAAUUCUACGUGCUCUGCAAUCUAUCGAUGACACCCAAGACGUUGAAAUCCGCAGCGACAGCAAGUACGCGAUCAAGUGCGUUACCGAAUGGUACAUCAAUUGGGAACGUAACGGAUGGAAGACGCGGAACGGCCAGGUCAUGAACAAGGACCUUGUGCAAGCAAUCCGCGGCAAGCUGGAAGAAAGGGAACGCAAAGGCGGACGCGCUCAGUUCAUUUGGGUCAAAGGCCAUUCCACAGAUCCGGGAAAUAUUGCAGCUGAUACUUUGGCUGUUGAAGGCGCUCGUCGACUAUGA